AUGUCACUACAACCACCACCGCCGUCCAAACUCAAAAUCGCCGUGAUCCCGGGCGACGGGAUCGGACAGGAAGUGAUGCCAUGGGGGCUGCGGUGCCUCUCGGCGGCAGCGCAAGUGUUUGACCUUUCGCUGGAAUUCGAGACGUUCCCGUUCGCGUCGUGCGACUACUACCUGCGGCACGGCUCGAUGCUGCCGGACGACUGGAAGGCGACGCUCUCGGGGUUCGACGCCAUCUACUUCGGGGCGGUCGGGAUGCCUGCCUUGGUCCCGGAUCACGUUUCCCUCUGGGGGUCGCUGCUCCAGUUCCGGCGCGAGUUCGACCAGUACGUCAACCUGCGGCCUGCGCGGCUGAUGCCGGGGGUGCGGUGUCCCCUCGCGGGGCGGGGGCCGGGGGACAUCGACUUCUGGAUCGUGCGCGAGAACACGGAGGGCGAGUACAGUUCGAUCGGCGGCACCAUCUUCGCCGGCACGGCGCGCGAGACGGUGGUGCAGGAGACGAUCAUGACCCGCGUCGGCGUCGACCGGGUCGUGCGGUACGCGUUCGACCUCGCGCGGCGCCGGCCGAAGAAGCACCUCACGUCCGCGACCAAGUCCAACGGCAUCAGCAUCACCAUGCCGUACUGGGACGGCCGGGUCGCCGACAUCCACGCCCGCGAGUACCCGGACGUCGCCGUCGACAAGUACCACAUCGACAUCCUGACCGCGCACUUCGUCCAGCACCCGGAGAGGUUCGACGUCGUCGUCGCCAGCAACCUGUUCGGCGACAUCCUCUCGGACCUGGGCCCCGCCUGCGCCGGCACCAUCGGCAUCGCCCCGUCCGCCAACAUCAACCCGACGCGCGAGUUCCCCAGCCUGUUCGAACCGGUGCACGGGAGCGCCCCCGACAUCUUCGGCAAGGGGAUCGCGAACCCCGUCGGCAUGAUCUGGGCCGGCCAGAUGAUGCUGGACCAUUUCGGGUACAAGGACGCCGCCGACGCCGUGCUCAAGGCCGUCGAGAACGUCCUGGCACGCUCGGACAGCGAUGUCGUCACGGCGGAUAUGGGUGGGAAGGGAACCACGGACAGUUUCGGCGAGGCCAUAGAAAAGGAGAUUUUGGCUGUUAAGCGACCAUGA